GUAGGCAAUUACUUUAGUGCUGCUGCCCACUGGGGUUAUAAGAAGAGGCAACUCAGUUCCUGCCCUGGAGGGGGCGGAGCUGGGGCACUGCAGGAGCUUGAUUUGGGGCUGGGCGGGGAAGCCCCACCGGCCUCCCUACCUCCGUACACCCCUUCCCUACCCCUCUCCUGCUGGGUCCAGAUGCCAGGCCCAGCCAGGAGGCUGUCGGGACACAGAGCAAUGCUGCCCUGGGGCUGCCCAGUCACAGCUCUGACUCUGGUGCUCCUCUUGGUGGUGGGGGUAGCGGGCAAUGCUUCAUACCUUGGUCGUCUAAGACACCCCAGGACCUUCCCUCAGAAAUCCUGGCCUUGCCCAGCUCCCCAGUAUUUUCUGGACAAAUCAAGUAGACAGUGUUGUAGGAGCUGCCCAGCAGGGCACUUCCUGAAAGCCCCCUGCACAGAAUCCUGGGGCCCUUCCCUCUGUCAACCCUGUCAUGAGGACACCUUCCUGUCUAGGGAGGAUCAUAUGGAGGAACGGUGCUCCCGAUGUCAAGCCUGUGAUGAGGAUGACCCUGCCAAUCAGGUGGUUGUCCGGAACUGCUCUACGGUAGCUAACACCCAGUGUGGCUGUGCUCCCGGCUGGUUCCGAGAAUGCUCUGUGAGCCUGAGCCAAUGCCGGGCUGAUUCGCCUUUUCACUGCAUUCGAUGCCCAGACUGCAAAGCCGUGCGCGGACAAACACAGUCUCCUUGUUCUGGAAAAGACACUGAUUGUGGAAGGUGUUUGCCAGGCUUCUGUCAGGACCAGAACGGUUGUGCACCCUGCCCCACUUUUGAGAACAAAAAGAGACUCCCCACCACGAUGGGCCCAACUUCUGCUGGUGGUAGGCUGACUACCUACUCCCCUAAGCACUUCCUAUCUAUAGGGUCCUGGCUUCAGUACUUCUUGUUGGCAUCAACCGUGUUAACGAUUCUGCUCCUGCUGGGAUGGGGCCUGUUCUACAGCUACCAGAAAUGCUUCGCCCCAAUGCCCCGGGCUCAUUAUCAAACUGAGAUGGAGGCCUUGAAACGCCAGUGGGUAAUCAACCCCUCGCCUGUAGGCAGAGCCUCCUUGCCCCUGAAUACCUACAGCGAAAAGAUAUGUGCCCUGCAGCUCGUGGGCAACUGUAGUCCUAGCAGCCCUCCGCUGGCUCGCGAAGUCCAGAGCCCAGAUGAUUCCUGGCCGGUGCUAUGGAGCCAACCGCCCAACAGAGGGAGUGGUCCUGGGGCUGGCACUCUCCAGCCGGGCCCACAGCUGUACCAAGUGAUGGACGCAGUGCCGGCGCGGCGCUGGAAGGAGUUCGUGCGAACGCUGGGCCUUCGGGAGGCGGAGAUCGAGGCAGUGGAGGCGGAGAUUGGCCGCUUUCGCGACCAGCAAUAUGAGAUGCUCAAGCGCUGGCGCCAGCAGCAGCCCGCCGGGCUGGACGCGGUCUACGCGGCCCUGGAACGCAUGGGGCUGGAAGGCUGCGCCGAGGACCUGCGCAGCCGGCUGCAGCGGGGCCCGUGACGGUGAUGGAGGGGAGACUGACGCCAGCUUGGCGUCGUAACUUUCUCCUUCCCUCCCUCCCUCCAGCCGGUCGGGGGCUGGGGAAGGAAAAGAGGGCGGCCCAGAUCCCCGAGGUGGCGGCCACCCGAAGCCUUAAGUAUGGUUACUUAAGUUUGUAGACAUUUUAUGUCAGUUACUGCAUCCCUCCCAGCGCCCGAGUGCUGGCUGGCACGCGCGUCCGUGCUGGGGCAGAGGGCGCUAACCUCGCAUCGCUUGGAGGCCGGCCUCGUCCUUCUAGUUCAAUAUUAAACUCCUGUAGCAAA